CAAGGAAGGAGCACUUCCCUUACUCCUGCACCGAGCUGUACUAUUUUAGCUUUCAGAGUUUGGCGGCAGCUUCGAUAAAACUUCUCCUAUGAGCAUAUUUGUAUGAACAUGUUUGCCCCUUUGUGACAGAUGUCUUAGGUAGCUGUUUCUGGUUGUCUCUCAGAGAAUGGAGAAUUCGGAGACUAGUCCAACAUCAGCACCCCUGGCAGCACCAGACAGAGGCAUGGCACAACCCUCAGACCACCCUGGUCAGCUGUCCGAGUCAGCCAGGUCCUCCAAGCACAGGGAGCACCCGGCCAGGUCACCAAGGAGACGACGGGAUACGAAGAGGUCACAGCGACGGGGGGAUGGUCAUGAACAGCUGCUAUGGGAGAUUGAGCGGCGCAGGUUACCAGGCCAACACGAGCACUUGAAGCCCUCCAGCUCUGUGACCGACACAGCGGAAAGCUCUCCUAAGAGGAGAGCCCACUUUCUUCAUGGACCGUACCCAGCCACUCACUUCGGACCCAAAGCUUGUAUACUUCCCAACCCAACUUCAGUCAUGCACAUCCAGGACCCUGCCAGCCAGCGGCUCACCUGGAAUAAACCUCCGGUCAAUGUUCUCGUCAUCAGGAAAAUUAGAGAUGAAAGCCUUGUUGAACCUUUUAAAGAGCUUUGCAGGUUUUUAGUCGAGGAGAAGCAGAUGAUGGUUUAUGUGGAGCGCAGAGUGGCAGAUGAUGCAACACUGUCAAAUGAUGAGGCCUUUGGCUCCAUUCGCAAUCAGCUCUGCACCUUCAGAGAGGGUUAUGAUGAUAUUUCAGACUGUAUUGACCUGAUCAUCUGUCUUGGUGGAGACGGGACGCUGCUCUAUGCCUCCUCUCUCUUUCAGGGCAGCGUCCCACCAGUUAUGGCUUUCCAUCUCGGUUCUCUUGGCUUCCUGACACCCUUCAAGUUUGAGUCGUACAAGACAGAGGUGGCCAAAGUUUUUGAAGGUAAUGCAGCCAUCACCCUGCGUAGUCGUUUGAAGGUGAAAGUGGUGAAGGACAUGCUUCAGAGGACAGGUCAGCAGUCUUACAGCAGGGAGCAGCCGCCACCGCAGCAGGAACACAACGGACUCCUUCCUCACAGGCACACCAACAGUGAGGCCGGCAAGGUCGCCUUACAGCUACAGGUGUUGAAUGAGGUGGUGGUGGACCGAGGCCCAUCCUCUUACCUGUCCAAUGUUGACUUGUACCUUGAUGGACGACUCAUCACUUCAGUGCAGGGGGAUGGUGUCAUCGUGUCCACACCCACAGGAAGCACCGCAUAUGCAGCCGCAGCAGGAGCCUCCAUGAUCCACCCCAACGUACCAGCCAUCAUGGUCACCCCCAUCUGCCCACACUCACUCUCCUUCAGGCCCAUUGUGGUCCCUGCUGGAGUAGAGCUCAUGAUCACAUUGUCCCCUGAUGCCAGAAACACUGCCUGGGUGUCAUUUGAUGGCAGGAAGAGACAAGAAAUCCAGCAUGGGGACUGUAUUAAGAUCACCACAUCCUGUUAUCCCGUGCCCUCUAUUUGCUGCCAUGACCUGGUGUAUGACUGGUUUGAAAGCCUCGCUCAGUGUUUGCACUGGAACGUACGGAAAAGGCAAGCGAGACUGGCAGAUGUGUCAGAUUCAUCAGACACUGAAAACUGAAGACGCUUCCUUCAGCUGAGUUUAACAACGUUCAGCCAACGCCCUUCAGCAGAACAGUGAGUGAGGAGGAGGGGGACAUAUGGUCACCAUGCAAACAUUUUCAUUAAAGAAAAUUUGGACUGUGAUAAAGAGAGCAUGCAUCUACAGCCAAAACAGUGUUUAUUGGUCCUAUGAGAGCAUGUACAAUGAGCAUAUUGUGUGAACAGUUCUUACACUGAGUCAUACACUGUAGCAGCUGAGUCCAGUCCAGUACAAUCACACUGUAGUUUAUCUGAAGAACGCAUGCUUCUCCCCAGGAAACGGAGAAAAAAGCAGCCACUAUGUAAGUGAAUAUGAAUAAUCUCCUGCAAUGUGAAAGAUGAAAACAACAUAAACCUCUUGUAAACUGCUUCAUUUCUUUUUGAACCUAACAACUUACUCAUCAGUUAGAUAAGCGAUGAAAUGCUUUAGGAUAAUGUAGUAGUAUUACGUGACGAAAUGCGCAUUAAUCAGAAAUGAAAUGAUAGAAAGGUUGCCAUUGAACCUGGGAUUGUAAAUUUGUACAUAUGAGACUGGAAGAGAAAUGUAUUUAAUGUCAUAUUUAUGUGAUAUUUGUAUAUUUUCAGGAUGUAUUUAGAAAGACUUGCAAAAGCCACAGCAAACUUGAAUUCAUUUUCAGUCAACCAAGAUUAUUUUGCUCUAAAAGUUGAUUGUAUCAUCAUAUAGUUCCGAAAUGCAGAAAGGUCGCCACAGAUGUUUUUGUCAGUGAAAUAUUUUGGAUCAAUGUUGAAUUUUACAGCAGAUCGCAUGUAGCACUGCAAAACUACGUUGGAUUGACAGAGAGACAUUCACCAGCUGUCUUAUUUUCACAAGCCUUAAGUUAAGUUAAAAUAAAUUCCAAAAGGCCAAAAAUAAAGCCUUAAAACCUCA